GCGACCUGCACGCAACCACUCUACCCGACGCUAACUACCUAGUGCGAUACGUUCCACAGAGCCGCCAUCUUCGCGUGUCAUCAUCGUUUUUGAAUUCGCUCUGCUCUUUGUUACAGCUCUCUAGAGCUCCCCCCGUCCGCCAAACACGAUCCCUCGAAUGGCUUCCAACCACCCACCUCAACCAGCUAUGCUGCCUUCACCACUAAGCCCACUACAGAAGAGGAAACGAAUCCUCUUCAUCCAUCCUGAUUUGGGAAUUGGAGGUGCUGAGCGGCUCGUCGUGGACGCUGCUGUCGGGUUGCAAGACCGAGGCCACAGCGUUACUGUCUAUACCUCUCACUGUGAUUCUCGACACUGUUUUGAUGAAGCCCGAAAUGGAACCUUGACCAUCCGCGUCUCGGGCAACUCGAUAGUCCCUCGAAAUAUUCUCGGUCGAUUCAACAUCCUCUGCGCAAUCCUUCGCCAGCUCCAUCUGGUCGCUUCGCUGAUCCUCUCGAACGAGAUCUCUAACUACGAUUGUCUCUUCAUCGACCAACUCUCCGCCUGUAUUCCGUUGUUCUACUUGUUCGCACCACACAUUCCGGUGCUCUUCUACUGCCACUUUCCCGACUACCUACUCGCGUCCCGCACGUCCUUGAUCAAAUCGCUGUACAGGAUCCCCUUUGAUUGGAUCGAGGCAGUCACAACCGGGCUGGCUAGUACCAUUCUGGUCAACUCGAACUUCACUCGGGGUGUCUUCUCGACCGCAUUUCCCAGGAUCGAGCGGGUGCCUCACGUGGUCUACCCCUGCGUUGAUGUUACCGAGAGAAAAAGUGUCCUCAAGGAUGAUGAGCCUAGCUUUCUCGCCGGAGAUGGACGGAAGAUAUUGCUUUCAAUCAAUAGGUUCGAGAGGAAGAAGAACAUCGAGGUGGGCAUUAAGGCGCUUGCCUGCCUGUCGGAGGAAGAGAGGAAAAGGAUUCGAUUGAUCAUUGCGGGCGGUUACGACCCUCGUGUGCACGAAAACAUUUCAUAUCAUCAUGAACUUACCACCCUCUGCGAGUCUUACGGCUUCAAGCACAUCACCUGCAAGAACUUCAUAACGUCGCUUUCGAUCCCAGAAGACACGGACGUUUUGUUCUUGUUGUCCAUACCGGCCAGCUGGAAGGCAUAUCUCCUCAAGGCAUCCUCAUUGUUGUUGUACACUCCGGAGCGUGAGCAUUUCGGCAUCGUACCGUUGGAAGCUUUGAUUGCCGAGCUUCCGGUGCUCGCACAGAACUCUGGCGGUCCUCUGGAGACCAUCACAGAGGGUGUGACUGGCUGGAAUAGGCCCAACAACCCCGAAAAAUGGGCGGAAGUUAUCCGACAGGCCUUAUUCGAGAUGUCACCUACCGAGAUCAAGGCCAUGGGUAGGAAAGGUAGAGAGAGGGUUAUCCGCGAGUUCUCUAAGGAGAAGAUGGCGGAGAGGCUUGAAGCCGAGUUUGAUGCUGUGCCCCCAGUUAACGGCGGAAGGUUCUGGCGACUUCUACUCCUUGCAGGCGGGAUUGCGACGGCGGGUGUGGGAGCGGGCAUGAUGGUUUUUAAAUCGUAAGGGAUUGCUGAACGUGAUAUCUUCUUUUUCUUCUUCUCUUGUAUGUAUAAUAGAGUAGACUUCAUUUCUAUCUGUGCUGUCUGCUUGCCUGCAUUCUUUCAGCUUUGUAUUUUUAUGACCACUUUCCGAUACUUGAUACCUGGUCCGUGUAUGUUAGUUACUGUGUCCCUUAAUAUUCCCGGGGGUUCGGGGCCGGGGGAGUUAAAUGUCAUGAUGAGUGAGAGGUUGUGACCGCUACUGCGGGUAAAUUCAUGCACAUAGAAGGCGGC